AUGCCUCGGCAAGCGCAAAAAGAGCGCAAGGUGAAUCAAACACGAGCAGAUUCAAGACUAGAAUUUGCUCCUCCGGAUUACAUACUACCUGGUUACUCCCAUGAUCUGCCGUUUACACCGCUUCAUCCUUUGGAUCACGAUGGUAAACCAAUUCGAUGCGUCCGCCAACUAAACUACAGCAAUUGGAACCCUCCACCACCACCACGUCGUCUCCUCGGCGAUCUUAUCUACCUGUUCUUUCAUACACUCGAAGACAAACGGUACCACAUAACGGCUUGUCCAAGGGGAUUCUAUGUAAAUAUGUCUACAGAGGAUGAGUUCAAUCCCCAUCCGGUGCAACAUGCGCAUGUGGCCCAUUCUUUGGUCGAUCUUCUCCGACUACUGAGCCCCGGCUUCAAACGUAAUUUCGAAGCCCUUCUGAAGCGUCGUGCAGCCAAACAUCCUUUUGAACGUGUUCCCAGUCCUUAUCAAGUGUACAGUUGGUUAGCUCCCUCCGUCGAGCAUACACCGGAUUCUGUUCGCAAGGAGGAAGCCUUUUCUUCACGAAUGGCAUGUGAAGAAAAUUUGCCCGGUCAGACACGUGACUGGAACGAAGAGCUUCAAGUAACUCAUGAACUUCCCCAAAACCGUCUCACGGAACGUUUGCUCCGUGAUCGAGCAAUUUUCAAAUCCAACAGUGAUUUUGUGGUUGCUGCGGUUCGAGCUGCGGUCAGUGUUGUCAAUGGUGAUAUUAUGGCCAUUAAUCCGGGGGAGACGAGGAAACAGCAAAUGUUCAUCUGGAACAACAUGUUCUUCUCGUUGGGAUUCGAUGUGAAAGAGCACUAUAGACACUUUGGNGGCUCAAGCGAUUUGAACGGAGUACGGGCCUAUUCAAUGCUGGAUCAGGCUGGUUUACAUACCCUCGGGACCGCCAUAAUCGACUAUAGGGGAUAUCGUGUCACUGCCCAAACAAUUAUACCGGGCAUUCUGGAAAAGGAACAAGAACAGUUGGUUGUUUAUGGUUCAAUUGAUUUCGGGAAAACUGUGCUUUCGGAUGAUCGAUACAAGGAACUACUUUCCAAGACGGCAAAACAGUUGAAAAUCAGACCGCACAAGGUCGUUAGUCAAAACAAUGAAAUUGUGGAGCUUUAUUCCUCAAUCGACUGCAAGGGUAUUGUGGGGAACGAUGGCCGCACAUACAUUCUGGACCUUUUGCGCACUUUCCCCCCGGAUCUGAAUUACUUCGGUACUUGCCCACCGGAGAUCCGUCCCGAGCUCUCGCCUGCCUUAAAAGAACUUGGAUAUCCGUACAGUCAUCGACAUUUGUUAUCCACUCUACGACAAGAACUGAUUGAGGCUUUCUUUGAGUGA